UGGGAGGGAUGUGUCCUGGUGGGUGGGGCCGUGCCUCGGGCUGCAUAUGUGUGCUGGUCUCUGACCUCCAGCAACCAAAGGCCAUGGGGAGUCAGAAGCUUGGAGGGUCCAGGGUCUCUGUGCAAACUCCUUAUACGGUCUUGUUGCUGCCACUGGAGACCAACCGUCAGGAUCCUGGAGCAUUGAGCUUCUUCCUUUGGCUUCAAGGGAUGCGUGCCAUAGAGAGAGAGCAGGAUGCCCUGUGGCAGGGGCUGGAGCUAUUGGAAAAGAGCCAGGCCUGGUACAAAGGGAGUCUAAAGGAGGCUCAGAGAUGGCAGCUGCAUCUGGGAAACCUUGGUGAGAAUUUCCAUUCAGAGCCCAGGGCCCCCCUCCUGGCCCAGAUUCAGAAAAUGAACAGCUGCCUGAAGAGUCUGAUACAGGGGAAGGACCUGCAAGGGCAGCAAGAACAUGAGCAGAUGGCCCAGCCUGAGGGGGAAGAAACUAUUCAACUGGGCCAGAUGAAAAGACCAAGGGGUCCCACCCUAGUCUAAGGCCCUCUUCCAUCCCCACUUUGGUGGAUGAGAGAAGAGAUUGCUAGAAAUCCACUACUUCCUCUGUCCCCAUUCUUGUCCAAGUUGAAAUGACUUUGGGUGGCAAAUAUAUAGAUAUUCCUACUUCCUAGGCCUCACAUGAGAGAGAGAAAUAAUUAAAGUUUCUUCUUAAACCCU